UUGUGGCCAUGUUGCAUAACUUUUGGGAGCAGAAGCAGGUGGAACAGGUCAAGGGGUCCGACAGCCAAUCAGAGGACUCGGUGAAAGGCUCUGCCAGCCAAUCAGAGGGCUUAUUGUUGUAUGAGUCUGCCCCUUCCCCAAGAUCCCCUUACAUCUACUACGUCACUCUGCCUGGAGGAAGCUGCUUUGGAAACUAUAAGGAGUGUGAGACCCAGGCGGAAGCUCGUAGGGAUGCGGCACGUGUCGCUCUGAUGAACUCUCUAGUGAACGAGCUGCCGUCUAGACGAAUCACUCCUCUGUUCAUCACACACAGCCUGCAGGAGGCUGCUUCAGCCAGCACCGUCUCUGUGGAGGAUGCCUGUGAUCCUAGCACCAGUUUGGGAGCCUAUUGUCUCCUGCUCCAGUCAUACACUGGCAGAACCAUGUUGGAGUUCCAGGAGGGGAUGACAGUGUUUCAGUUGUUACACUGGAACGGGACGUUGAAGAUUCUAAGGGAAAGACAGUGUUCCCGCCAGAAUGUGAUUGGUUAUUACUUGCAGCGGGGACUGGAUGCCAGCAUGCGCAGCAGCAUGGCUCUGGAUUGGCUGGGCAGGGAGCGGCAGACGCCAAGGCAGCUGAGGAUGGAGCUACGAGCAGCACAGAGGGAACUGGACGUGGCUAGGCGUCAUGGCAAUGAACUCCGCUUCUACAAGGAGAAAACAGAGAUCCUUAGCCUGGCACUGAGUCAAGAAUUCACACACCAACCACACACAGAUAUACACGGACCACACACAGAUUCACAAGAAUCUCCUGAAUCACACACACACCACCAAUGAGUCGCACAUACACACACAAACUACAUGAACCACCUGAACCACACAUAAACUAUGAACCAUCAUCUAUCCAGACAAAGCAUCUGAUCCACACAUGAAACCCUGAACCACCAUACUUACACCCAGCUGAAUUAGAUGAGAACAACAGAUGCAGUGUUCAUGUACUAGUUGGAACUAGAAAACUCAUCCCAACUAGCAUGUAAACAGUGGCAAGUGAAAAGAGGUGCUUCAUCAAGAGAGACUGAGCAGGUGACUAGGUCAAAGGUCACCAUUGACACUGCCAGGCUACCUUCUGUCAAAUUCAAGACACAGCUGAGACAGCUGACUGCUGUGUCUUCAAUGAGUUUUAAAAGGGAAUGUGAAAUAUUUGUGUAUAUUUUAAAUAAAUAC